AUAAAAAGUGAGCGCUGCGCCGUGUCAAGCAUAUCUGACUUUCUGACUAACUCCAAGAGAGCUCGAAGAGAGAAACUCGAGAGAAAAGCGACAGAAAAACUUACAGAAAAUGUACUCACGGACAAACAGUGUAACCAUGACGGUUCAGACGGAGAGCUUCGCCUUCCCCAGGUCGGCGACCCGCAGCACGCAGCCGGAGGUGUUCACCUUCGAGCGGAUAACGCCUCAGGCCACCGCCGUGCGCUCCUACGUGCCAAUCCGGCCAAAGAAGCGCUGCACCCGGGUUAUGUACCCCGCUAAAGUCCGCAUGCACCUUCCACCACCGGAGAAGAACCAGGCCAAGCGCUGGCUGGUCAUCCUGUGCCUGGUGGUGCUGUGGCAAAUCUACACCGAGGAGCCGUGGGCAGACACGCCGCUCAACAACGCAGAGAGCCCGGUCAGCGACUACCAGGGCUUCCCAUUCCAGUGUGCCGAGGAGCAGAUGCGGAUGUCAGAGCUCAGCACCGGCUCCGAGCUGGCUUCUCAAACAAGCUGCCAGGAACAGGCUUCAUCCAGCGAACACAUCAUCCCGAGCACCGCCUGCCCAGAGCCCGCGGAGGACACCGAGAGCUGCCGGGGGUCCUACAAGCAGAGCGCCGGGAAGAGCUACAUGGUGGCCCUGCUGGUCUACCACAGACUGGGCAGCGACAACUAAGCGUCCCGGGACCGAUUGAACUGUAAACUGCCUCAAGUGUGGGCCUCCGGGUUUAAAAGAAAAAUGAACCCUGCUGGAGCUGAUCCGGAGUAGCUGCUCGAGAAGAGCAGUGUGGCCGGGGAGGAAGCUCCAUGCGUCGGCUUCUCCUUGCCAGCAUGUCCCCCUCAUAGUGGAGGAGGACACAGUGUUGAAGGAAGACGACAAAGAAAGAAAGAAACUGAACUACAGAACUGUGAACACUACAAAAGAUGAAACUUGAACUCAUGAAAACUUGAACUUUUCUGUACUUUACAGACUCAAACUGCACUCACAGGCCUGCAGGAACACAUGAUGUUAAAUCAUGAAACCUGUCUCUCCUGCAGGCCAGCCAACUGACACUGACACUGUCUGAUGUUUAAAUGUCUUAUUUAGCUAUUUAUUUCAUUAUUUGCUAUUUAUUAAUUAAUAUUUUAAAUAAAAAAAAAUUCUAAAAGAA